GGAACAAUCUGAUUACUGAUGCUUGUGUUCCAAAAAUCUCAGAUUCUUCACCUCUUCGUGGCUUUAUUUACCAUGUGUGGAGGAGGGUCAGUAGCGGGAAAACAUACAUUGAUUAUAUCCCCUGCGCCAUGACUCCAGCAGUUGCACCGGAACCACAUGAAUUUGUCAAGUCCUAUUCUUCGCUGUUGCCUUUUGAACCUGCCUGGGUUGAUUUCCUUGAUUGUUGCAAUGGUCUGCUUUUGUUUGUUGAGGGUUCUAUUCCGCAGUACUAUGUGUGCAAUCCUGUGACAAAACAGUGUGUGGCGAUUCCUAGAGAUUUUACACUCGAAGACACAUGUUCUGCAUCCCUGGCAUUUGAUCCUUUCAAAUCACCACACUACAGAGUUGUUUGCUUUGAUUAUUCAGAGCCCAAGGGCCCCCAAAGAUUGCGCGUGUUCUCAUCAGAGACUGGCAGUUGGACUAUCCAAGAAACCGCUUUUGGAUAUGGAUCUAAGAAGGCUAGAUUGGCCAAGCAUUGUAUUUACUUGGAUGGAGUGUUGUACCGUCAAUCUGCCUCAAAACUGCUUUUAUGUUUUGAUCUUAACAGAGGAAAUUCUCGUGCCAUUGAGCUUCCAGAGAAGGAGAGACUUGCUCCCAAUGACUAUGGAUGCAUUGGGCUGUCGAGGCGCCAUUUAUGUUAUUCCGAUCUUGUCGGAACUGCAUUACACUUUUGGUUGUUUGAGGAUCGUUGCAAGAAUGACAGAUGGACUCUGAUUCACAAUAUCAAUGUUGAUUAUUUGGGAAAACACGUGCAUCGGCUGGAUAGGACUACUAUUGCCAGAUUUGGUAAAAUUUCAGCUUUGAGGCCCUUUGCUUUGCAUCCAACUUCCGAAGUUGUCUUCUUUGGGACUGGGGGAGCUAUGCUCAGUUAUGAUCCCGAAGACAAAAGGGUGGAAUUGAUUUAUACAACAAAGAAAGACAGGCAAAUAAUGAAGGGGCAGAUCUCGGUCUUUCCAUACACACCAUGCCUGGUGAAUUUGAAAGAUUUUGGUCAAUGGGAUUGCAGCUUGAGCCAGCCAUGAGUGGCCAGCCCUCUUCUUUUGUCUCUCUAGAUGAUAUUUUUCUGUAUCCUCGUUUUCUUUUAAUACCAUUUAUGCUAUUGAUCGAACAUUAUUAUCUACCGUAGUCUCCUACAAUUCAAGCUGUAGAAGUUCUGGUUAUUCAGUUAAUUUGUGUGUGUGUGGAGGGGUGGGUCAGGGUUUUACAAGAUUGGUUCUUGGUCCCCAACAAUUUUACGAGAUUAAAAGGAUUCUUGAUCUCCUUCACUGGCAGUGGGAUUGUAAGGGUUUCUGAAUUUCAAGGCAACAACCAGUCCAUUACAGCCACACAGCUUCAUGCUUUUCAACUUGAAUUCCAACUUCUUUUUCCCAGGGCAGAGAGAAGAUACUUAAUGGGUUUUGUCUUGCAACAA